AAUGGGUAAUUGCGAAUCUGAGUAACCGAUUGAAAAUUAAUAGCCUAUAUAAAUAGACAUACAAUAAAGUAAUCAUAAAAGGAUUUUUAAUCACAAGGCAUUAGAAUAAGAAGAAUUUACAUCUAAUAAAGGUCAAGCACCAUAAGAUGUAAAUGGAGAAAUUGAAGAUGUAAUAUAUAGUAAAAAAAAUAAAAGGAGUUAGAAAAAUUGGAUCCAUAACCUGCAACAAUUAAUCUACCUCCAUUUAAUUUUGGAGAGAAAAAACAUCUUACAGCAGAAAGUAGGCCAGCUUUUAGAUUAGUUGAUGGAUCAACGUAUGUUGGAGAAUGGGUUGGAGAUUAAAUGACAGGAAAUGGUGUAUUGGAAGGAAAAAAUGGUAAAUAUGAAGGAUAAUUUGAAAAUGGAAUGAAAUAGGGAAGAGGUAGAUUUACAUUUCCAAAUGGAGAAGUUUAUGAAGGUGAAUGGAAAGAUGAUUAAGAGGAUGGAAUAGGAACAUAUUAUUAUUCUUAAGGUACUGUUUAUCAUGGGUAAUGGGUUUAAAACUAAAAACAUGGAUAAGGUAGAGAAGUAUUUCCCAACGGAUCUAAUUUUUAAGGAACAUUUGAAAAUGGUAUUAAAAAUGGUCAUGGCAUAUUUAUAUGGAAAGAUGGUACUAAAUAUGAGGGUAGAUUUGUUGAUAAUAAAAUAUGUGGUUAAGGUAGAAUGGAAUAUCCUAAUGGAAGAAUUUAUGAAGGAGAGUUCUUUAAUGGUAAAAUGCAUGGGAAGGGAAAAUUUAGUGUAAAUAUUGAUGAUUUAUCUAAUAAAGUGGCCUGAUGGUAGAGUUUAUGAUGGAGAGUAUUAAAAUGAUAAAAAACAUGGUAUUGGUAUCUUAAUUGGAUAAAAUUAUAGAUAUGAAGGACAAUGGUAAGAAGGUAAAAUGGAAGGUUAAGGAACAUUGACAAAAGAUGGAGAAAUUAAAGUUGGUCUUUGGCAUGAUAAUAAAUUUAUUGGUGAAAAUCAUCAUUGA